GUCAGACAGCCGCGGACCGGCGUCGCGUCGCAUCGCGUGGCAUCCAUUUCGCGAGGAAGAGCGAGGGAAAAUUAUGACGGUCAAGUGAUAAGACAUCGUCAAGGUUGCUGACAUAUAAGUCUCCUCGUUACGUCCAUUCGCCGCUACCUGUUAUCACUUAACCACCAAGGAACAACUCCGAUAGCCGGCUAAAAAUAUUCGUUAACGUACAAUGCAGUGCAAUACAGAAUGAUCUCCUGGAUGCGACGCAUAAGAAGAAUAUCAUGCUUAUUAGCAUAUUAAUCUAAUUAAUCUCAAAGCAAUGAUCGAAAUCAUCUGAAAUAACUUUAAGUCUUCUGAUGUCUCAAAACAUCGCACAUUAUGCAAAGGUAGCUGGUCUCCUUACUUAUUAUAUGGAUAUAACGUCAUUUAAAAAAUAUCAUAGCUUCACGCUUGAACAUCGAAAAGAUCAUCAAGGUUGAGUAUUAAAAAAAAAUCCUAAAGGAAGCUCGCGACCUCCAAGUCCGAGCUCAAUUAGAUAAUUGAGUCGACAACAUCUGCAUACGUGAAGGUCGGGUACGGUGAAAAGAGGUUGAUGCGAAGGAAGACGCGUGACCCCAAAGCUGACGGCCAAAGUCUGACUGACCCCGGCUGUCUGAUCGGUCACGAGGUCGCGAAUCUCUCCCGAGCAGAGGCAGAGGCAUACACGCGCUGGGUAGACACGCGAGUAGACGACGACAUAGACGGGAACGUCGUCCACCAGUGCCGUAGUAACGUGGCCCAGGUGGAGCCCAGGGUAUAUGCGCGGCGUAUUAAUAGCCAAGUAUAGUGCGGUGGUGGGGCCGCUCACGGGUGAAAAUAGAAAAGAAUGUUUUUGGAAUCCAAUUGGACUUGGUUGGCAGAACGAUGGGGCAAUAUGGCCGACUUGGCCGAGCGGGUGGACGAUCUGAUAUGCAGUUUCGACUCGGCUGGUGAGACGACCAUGGAUACACUAUCGAUGCUGAUAUUCGGCUGGAUGCUGUUUGGGUUAGUGGUGUUGUGCGUCGGCAAGUACGUGUACAAUCGCUUCGUGCUCAACGACCUCGCCACCGCCGCCGCCACCUCGUCGCCGCAGCUUCCUAAAGACAGCCAUGUCCAUCUCGCCGAGAGUACCGUGCUGGCGGCUACCGCUGUUGGGAAACUGGUGGAUAAACCCAAAUCGACAUCACCCUCAUCGUCCUCGUCGUCGCUCGUGAGGGCUGGUACCGGUGGUGCAGGCGGUACCGUCAGUGCUAGUGGUACCACUAGUGGUGCUGCUAGUGGUGGUAGUGGUGGUGGUGGAGGUGGUGGUAGUGGUGGUGGUGUUGGUACCGGCGCGGUAGCAGGUGUGAGAGCACCCUCGCCGGGAGGUUACGUGCCACCGACGCCACCGAUUAGAAAACGCCUGACCAGGAAGACCUCUGGCGCCCUUGUCAGCCCGUCCCGAAGCUCCAGGGCGCUACAUCUGCCAACCGCGACUGGCGCCGACGCCGAGGCCGUGCGCUGGGUGAACGAACUUAUCGUCUGGCUACACUACGACCUCGUGAUCCUCAACGAACUCUUGGCCACUUGGGUGGUCUCUCUCAACGACUUCACCGCCAACUCCACUAAUGAGCACGGGGUCGGUGUCGAAUUUGUCCGCGUCCUUCCCGAGACACAUCCCCCAACCUUGUCGAAUAUCUUCUGCGAAUGCGAUUCGAAGAACGACGUGACUAUCACGUGCGAUUGCGAGGCUACUCCGGCCUUGCAACUGAAGGCGUUUCGACAACGAGGCGAUAAGGUGGAUGUUAAUCACUAUCGGGUGAACAUCAAUCGCUUUCGCGCUCGUCUCAAUGUCGUCUGCAUCACCGAGAAGCUAUUAGUUGAUCUGAAGUGCGACGGUUGGCCGGAGGUAAAGAUUUCUCUGGCAGCGGUUGGCACAAUAAAGAAAGACUUGGACGAGAGCCAAUUGCAAGAAGUGGUGACGGAAAUUGUGGUGGGUGCCUUGCGAGGCAUCAACGUUCACUUCAAUCUCUCUCAAUAUCCCACCUGUCCCCGAUUAUGGAGAGAACCACCUCCUCAGCCGGGAUUCUCGUAUCCCACGCUUUACGACAAUGUGAACAUCUCGAACUCGAUGACAAAUCAACCCCCACAACAACGUCUUCAGGGACGCAUCACUCCCUCGCCGGCUAUGCAAUAUGUGCCCGGCGAAAGACGACUACUCGUGAAGGUUGUGAGGGCAACGGACCUUGGUGGCCAACAAGGAGCCAUGGAUCCUUAUUGCGUAGUAGAAUUAGAUGAACCGCCGCAAAAGAAUCAAACUUCUGUAAAGAAGGACACUAAGAAUCCCCUAUGGGACGAGGCCUUCUUAUUCGAUAUAAGUCACAACACGACCGAAGUGUUGUUAGAGGUGUUCGAUCACGUCAAUAGAAGUCAAAGAUUUUUGGGACUCGGAAUCGUGGGCGUCGAGGAGCUCCUCGCAAAUCCGAGCCAACGCCAAAUCAUACCUCUUCAGGCACGACCGUACGAGGAGGAUGACAUUACAGGCACCCUCACCGUUGAGUUUCUAUUUAUCGAGGGUGCAGAGGUACCACAAAUCGGGACCAAGCCCUACAAGGUCAAGGAAACUAUAAAGCCAGUCUCACCUACAGCUCGUUCCUACAGCCAGACGAACGUCAUCGGCACCAAUAGUCUAAACUACAGCAAUGGUAACAGUACACUUAUCUUGUACGACUCUGCCGCGCAAUCGGAAGGGGACUAUCUGACAAAUGGUAACGUCGUGGAUGCACCAUACAAAAGCGGGCAGACAAACGGUAACAAGGGAACCUUAAUUGUACACAGCCAGAGGCAACUGGAGCGGCAGAUUGUGAAGGUCGCUCUGACGCAGAAUGGAAAUUGGCAAGAGAUAUCCCCGGAGCACGGAACGAAGGACGUCAGCGCUACCUCAGGGCCAGAAAGCACGCCUAAUUCCUCCAAUUCAGAAGAGAGAGGAAGGACGCGAAGGAAACGACGCGAUUUCUUUGGCACCAUAAAAAAGCGACUGAGCCGAUCUAAGACGAGAAGCAGAUCAGUGGGUCCUGAAGGAGAGAUCAAUCACGAAGACGCUCAUUCAAGAUCCAUAUCUGCUGAUAGAGCUCGCGAUCCCGGUUCGGUGCAUUUAUCGGUGCCAGAGCAAUCGCGACGAUCGAGCUUGAGUGAAGCAUCGGGUAUAAGUGGAACAUCCACUAGGACAUACAUCAACGAAGCCUCCACGCUCGUCCUCGAAACUUUGGAAAAUGGUAUAAAGAAGCAUUACCUCGUACCUCUUUCCCUUGCGCAGAAGAGCAAAUGGAGAAAAAAAGGCACAAAAUUGCAUAUAUUUAACGAUCAUACAUUUAUAGCCAAACACAUGGCUGGAGGAACGGUCUGCGAAGUGUGUAAGAGAACCCUCGCGCGAAGACUUGGCAAGCAGGGUUACGAAUGUAGGGACUGUCAGAUGAAGUGUCACAAGCACUGUCAUGUGAAAGUCGACGUAACGUGUCCUACGUCUACCAUCCAGAGCAUCGAGCUGUCAUGCAUCAAAGUUCCACCGCUUGAACGAAGGCCGUCUAUGCUCCUCUGUUCGCGAUGAGGUCCUCGUUACACUUCGGAUAAGCGAUUUAUUUUGUAACGUAACGAUUUUCGCAAAAUUGAUAAUCUUCAUUUGUCAAAGUUUCAUGUCUCACGUAUUAGUUCUUCCAUUUUCGAAAUUUUUAAUUUUAAGUCAUACACGCACCUCGUUAAUACGGUUGUCUCACAGGAGAGACGGAAAGUUUGCAUUAAAGAAAUAUUCCCGUAUAUCGUUUCCCAAACUCUCUCCUGUCCUAAUAAUCGUGAUACAACUCGCACUUCAACAUUUAUCACAAGUUGCACAAUUAAUUUUACCCGACAAAGGUCAUCAGACUCGAUUGUAUCUUUUUAUUGAAAGAGUCAAAGAUACUACGAUCAAACAUUUCAGAGAUAAGGAACGAAUUAAAGCGAAUUUCAAAUCCUCGCGAUUCUCAUCUGUUUUCCUCACACGUGAUACAAGAUGAUGCAUUCGUGGUGUGUAAUAAUUUAUCGCUGCGUAAAGAAAUUAAUGAGAAUAACAAUGUUAAUAAAAUAAGUAACGUUGAUUACGAUAACAAUCUUUAUGAUAGUAAUAAUCAUGAGCGUAUAACGUUAGCUAUAUCAUUGGAAAACAACUGCAAAAAUGCACCAGAUUGUUGCGUCCUGCUCUAUUGAAUUAAACUUCAUUUUUCUCGUUUUCCUUAUGUUUUACACAUAUGAGGAUCAUAACUGUGUACCUGUAUAGUUUUGCCUUAAUGUAAAAAUGCGUCUAGUCAUACGUUGCCGAAGAACGACGAGACUGCCUUAUUUUUGUCACUAUAAGCGAUAGAACAAGUUUAUAAGAACCCUGUCAAACGCUGAUGUAAAUAAAUGCACAGAUAUUGCAGAUAUCAAAAAAUUUUCUAACAAAAGCCAAUCGAUAUUCCGCAUAUUUUCUCAUGUAAAAAGAUAAAGGAAUUAAAUUCCUUUGUGAGUAAAAAUGCUUAAUUAUAUUGAUAUGUUACUCGCAGUGUGCUUUGUAAAAUAUUAAAAUUUACCAUCGACUUACAAUUAGUGCAUUUUUGCAAUUUUCGAUACAACUGUGAAAUAUGAACUGAGACGAAAAGACGGGGAAAAAAUUAUAGCAAAUGUAUAUUUAAAGUUUUCGAUUACUUUUUAUUUGAUUAUAUCUUAUACACGUUCUACGGAUAAAGUCUCUUCUGAUACCAACGCAGGAUACAUUAAAUCUCUAAGGUAAUUUAUACGAUUAGAUAUAUCUUGCUAUGUGUAAUGAAUAUUAGUCAUGUCCGGAGUACAAAAUGCAAUCAAAAAAUGCACGCGAAGAAUCAACAUUGUCUAACUAAUAAAAUUAGUCAUCGAUAUACAGGGUGAUUCCCUGAUUAGGGAUAUCCCAGACUUAACGAAUCAGUCGUUAAUGGUAGAUUCCUGAGAUUAUUUGGAGAUGAAAAUUCUAAUGCCAAAAUGUUGAGAAAGACUUCAUAAAAAUAUCCAAACUACUGACUAUUGUCGCAUAGAAAACACAAUCGCGCUCACUGCAGAAGCCUAUUUUUUAUUUUAUAUUGAUCCCUUUUUUAAUAUUGACAUUAUGCAUUAUAUUCUUGAGCGCAGGAGAAUGUAACGCGCCGAUUGGUAAUCUUUAAUCUUUCAUAGCGCCGAAACUACAUCUUUCUCAACAUUUUGGUAUUAAGAUUUUCGUCUCCAAAUGAUCUCAGGAAUCUAUCUUUAACGGCUAAUUCAUUAAGUCUGGGACACCCUGUAUAAGAAUAUAUUUGCAAGUAGAAAUAGCUUUAGAAAAUGGGACUAACUUCCGCCCAAGAAAGCUAACGAUUAAAGCAAUCAUGAGAGGAUUUCUUUUUCGUUUCGUAUUUUUCUAUGUGUAUUCUAAACGACGUACCAGCAGCAGCUUUAACAAUUUUUCUGACCACCUUUCAUGAGCACAAUUAAACUGCUAGAAAGCUUCCAUCGACCAGCAAACGAAUACAGUGAUAGUCCAAAAAAAUGAUAUUACAAAGUAUACAUGUCUUUAUUAAUUUAACACAAAGAUCGAGAAACACGAGUUCAACUUUCCCGCAGGCUGUGAAACACUCUGCUAGCGAAUCGAAAGCCAUGAGAUGCGUUUUAUGCGUGGAUUUUACAAUUUCACAAGUGUAUUUAUCCUCCCGUCUUUGGAGACACGAGAAGAAAUUGUUGAACUAACUUUGCGCAGUUAUAUUAUUCACUUAGCGAUUUAACAUCGAAAGUAUAUGUGUAUUUGCUGUAUAAUAUAUUAUUUUAUUUAUUAUAUUAAUUUUUUAUUUAAUAUAUUUUCACAAUAGGAGGGAGAGGAAGAAAAAGAGAGAGAAAGAAAGACAAAGAAUUUACAAGAAACAUAUAUAUUUAAUAAUCAUACACUGGCCGCCGGGUUUGCUAUAAAUUACAAUUACCAGGAGUAUGUUAUAAUAUUUAUUUUGGAUAUUUCUCUCUUUUAGAAAUUUCCCUCUCCAUCCUUCAAGGCCUAUCUUUUUUCUUCUGUCCGUGAUUAGAAUCUAUCAGAUUAGAAUCUCUCACGAUCAAGUAUAAUUUCUAGGGCGUUUAAACCUUACUAUAAAAUUACGCCAAUCGCCAAUUAUUGCACAAGUGUAACUAUUCUUUAAAAACACCGCAUAAUUGCGUAAUCGAAAGUACAAUAAAAUGAUUCUGCGAAGCAAUUUAUCAUUUAGAUAAUUAAAUACGGUAAAUGAACACACACAUAUUUCUUCUUCGUACACUCUGCGCACAUUUCUAUUCAUAUUCCCCUUUGUUUAUUCGUCGAAAUAGAAGAUGAGUUAUUGAAAUUAUCACAACAUCGAAACAAAUUACGAGACAUUGAUUGCGCUAAAAAAAAAAAAAACGAUAAGCGACGACGAUUGUGCCUA